GUCUGUUCCUAUUAAUUCUUCUCUUUUCUCUCAACUGUGUGAAGAAAGUGGGGCAACAACGGCAAUAGAAAAAAGAAAUAGAAAUCAAAGAAGAAAGAAACAAGAACGAGAAACCUCAUGAUUCAUACAAUACACCAUCCUCUUUUUCAGCUCUUAAUUACAAACUCAUUUUUAUAAUUUCUUGUUCCUUUUCUUGAAAUUCUUGUUCUUUCUUCAACUUUUAUGGCUAAAAGUGGGGUUAUUGAACCUAUUCCUUAUACUCGAAUGGCAAACGCUUCAGAGUUAAAGGAACAGCUUCAGAUACUGGUACAGGCAAUUCUUGAUGAGGAAGAUUAUAGCUUGGGAAUUACUGAUCAGAUUAUAAACAUUUUGACUGCUUUGAAAAAAUUGAAGUUGAAGAAGUUGAAGAAUUCUUCUGAUGAUUCUUUGAAGGUGGUUGAUGAUUGUGUUGUUCCUGAUGAAUUUAAAUGUCCAAUUUCAAGAGAGCUCAUGACUGACCCUGUAAUCUUGGCUACCGGGCAGACUUAUGAUCGACCCUUCAUCUUAAGGUGGCUAAAUGAUGGGCAUCGGACAUGUCCUCAAACUCAACAAGUCCUUCCUCAUACUAUCCUCACCCCUAAUCACUUGGUGAGAGAAAUGAUAUUACAGUGGAGCAAGGAGCGUGGAAUUAAACUUGAUAUGCCUGUUCAGGAUGUUGAUGAUAAUGUGGUUACUGAUGCAGACAAAGGAUACUUAAAUUCACUGCUCAAGAAAAUGUCGUCUUCCCUUUCUGAUCAGAAAUUAGCUGCAAAAGAGCUUCGACUGCUAACUAAAAGGAAGCCAUCAUUUCGAGCUCUUUUCAGUGAGUCUACUGCUGCAAUUCCUCAAUUACUAAAUCCACUUUCUCCAGGGAAGGCUGAUGCUCAUCCUGAUUUACAAGAGGAUUUGAUUACAACGAUUCUAAAUCUAUCCAUUCAUGAUGAUAAUAAGAAAAUAGUAGCAGGAAAUCCACUUGUCAUCCCUUUACUUAUUGAAUCUCUAAAAUUUGGAACUAUGGAAACAAGAAGUAAUGCUGCUGCUGCUCUCUUUACCCUAUCAGCUCUUGAUUCAAACAAGGUUCUUAUUGGUCAAUCGGGUGCUCUAAAAUCUCUGAUUGACCUUUUAGAAGAAGGAAAUCCAUUAGCCAUGAAGGAUGCUGCCUCUGCAAUAUUCAACCUAUGCAUUGUUAUUGAUAACAAAGGGAGAGCAGUUCGUGACGGUGCAGUUAAGGUUAUUUUGAAAAAGAUUAUGUGUGGAGUACUUGUUGAUGAGUUGUUGGCUAUACUAGCAAUGCUUGCUAGCCAUCAGACGGCUGUUGAGGAAAUGGCUGAACUCGGUGCUGUAAAUUGCUUGCUCGACAUUAUUAGGGAAAGCACUUCGGAGCGCAACAAAGAGAACUGCAUAGCAAUCUUAUACACAAUAUGUUUUAAUGACAGAACUAAGUUUAAAGAGAUUCAAGAAGAGGAAAAGACCUAUGGAACACUUUCUAAGCUUGCAGAAAAUGGCACUUCAAGAGCUAAGAGAAAGGCUAAUGGUAUUCUUGAGAGACUCGAUAGAGUUGCAUUACUUACUCAUACUGCAUGAUACACUAGUUCAAAACUUGAUUAAUUGCUUUUUGUACAUACUUUCAUUCUUAACUCUGCCAUUGUACACAUUACUGAUAUUAGCUCAGUUACAUGUAAAAAGUUCACAUGUCAGAUAUCCUGUUAUUGGUGUUCUCCAGGCAAAAUUUUGGUUCAUUUGGGGCUAAUAGAUGAGUAAAGGGCAUUAGAAUUUGUAAUCUUGAAAGUUUUGUAUACCGACACUGUCUUAUUAAUUACAUAAUUAUAAAAGCCAACAUAGGAUUUUUAA